CCAGUUUAGCCACACUCAGCAUGGAGGCGGAAUCCUCCUCUCCCUUGUGACGUCAUCGCCGAGGGUUGAGGGGGGAAUCAUGGCGUCCUGCAAACUGGCUUUGGGAAGCGCUGAGGAGGGAUUUAAAGGGACAAUGCACCCAGUGACAGCAAAAUAACAGCUACAAAAGCAUGCAACUCUGCGUUUAAGCUAUCAGGAGCGACUCCGAAGCUGACAAGCCACCUGCUCACCGAUCUCAGCCCAGACUAUGUAGACGAGGGUCUGGGUUCGAGGACAGCGAAGAUCACGGAGCUAUGGAGAAGGGAGUCCCUGAGCCAGGCCCCGCAGCACAGAGGGGAGGUCCUCCCACUACAGGGGGGGCCAGCCACCACUCCCCAGGAGAGGACGGGCCAGGGGGGAAGGCCGGGCCCUUCAGCAGCACCCCAGCCAGGAGAGACGCCAGCUGGCAGGGGCCACAGGAGGCCGAGGACAGACCAGGUAGCGGCACAGCUGGGGAGCCCAGAGCGGAGCUGGGUCCUCACAGGAGAGCUCAGCCCUCUGCCUUCCCCUCAGCACAGGCGUGGGACUCCGACUCGGAGAAGGAGACUUUAGAGGAGGAAGAACUGCAGCACUUUUCGAACCCGCACGGGCUUGCUUCCCACAGUCCAGAACCGCUCCACAAGGUUCUAGAUGUCUGGCAGAAGCCAAUCAGGCCCGACAGCGAGGGCAGCACAGCACCUGAGCACGAGCACUUGCUUACCACUUUAUCAAACAGCCCCGGCACUAAAGGGCUCCGCGGGGGCUCGGAGCAGCACCCCCGAUCAAACAGCACUUCACCCUCCCCGUCUGGUGAACAGGAGGAGGAGGGCUCGAGCAGAACCACACCAGUCACGUCUAAGCACUUAAGCAGCGGCACACUACGCUCCGCCACGAGACUCGAGGAACCCGAUCCGGAAUCAGAAACAUCGCGAGAUGUGAAGGCGGCCGCUACCGAUGACCCAAAGAGCACAAAAAUAAACGACGCAACGUCUUCCCAGGGCCGCACGAAUGAAGAAGGAGAAGGAGAACCAGAAGAGGAAGUCUGGGCCAGUCCAGUUAAAAUGGUCUUCCCAGAAACAGCUAAACCAAAGGAUGAGAAAGAGCACUUGGGAAAGGAGAGGUGGGGCAGGGCGUCUCCCUGCAGUGGCUCCUCAGAGGCGACAUCGGAGCCCUGGUUGGAGACUGGGGAAGAAGAAGACGACGUUUACUCUUUUCCCCGGUCGGACCGAGGAAGCCCUCCUUCGCUCUCCUGGCCACCCAGCACCUUUCCUGAAACACGAAAGCAGGUCCCCAGCAUGCGAGCUGGCACUGCUGGAGGAACUGAAAGAGAAGAAGAAGAAGAAGAUGAGGAAGAGGAGGAGCAGGAGGAAGAAGAAUUAGGAGCGAUUGUCACAAACAAGCCAUCUCGUCCCUCUCCGGAGAAGAGCUCCCUCAAGGGGGAAAGCAGGACCCCAAACUGGGACUCCAGGGAUCCGAUCAGCAAGGGGACGGCAUCUGCUGCCUCCCGUUCCGCGGGGUCCGGCUUCGAGGUGGGAGGGGGGCGCUACGGCUACAGCAUCUCUGCGGAGGAGCUGAGAGGCAGAGAGGAGGAUGAAGACGAUGACGAAGACGGCGGUGAAGAAAUCGAAGAGGAAGCACUUUCGGAUGAGGCUGAGCAGUCGGUCUUCACUUGCGUGGAAUGUAGCAUCUAUUUCAAAAAGCAGGUGCACUUGCAGGAGCACAUGCUCCAGCACUGCAGAGCACAGCAAGGGAGGGAGGGGGGAGCGGCAAAGGAGGGGGCUGGUAGUGAAGGAGGAGGGGCAGGAGCAGGGGCAGGGGAGUUCUGUUGCCCCGAAUGCGGGUGGGAGUUUGAGGAUCGCGGCUCGCUGGGGCAGCACCGCCGUCGACAUCAGGAAUCCCGGGAAAAGAUUAUGGAGGAGAUCCAGAAGUUGAACGAAUUCCCGGACGAGGGGAGCGAGCCCAGGCUGCACUGCCCGAAGUGCCGUUUCGGGACCAACUCCUCUAAAGUGUUCGUGGAGCACGCCAAGAUGCACAUCAAGGAGAGAAACGAGCAGGCGAGGGACAGGGGCUACCAGCCAUCACCCCUGGGCUUGUACCGGCCAGUCAACCCCUCCUCCGCCAUCCCUCACCUCCCUUUGAAAGAGCGCUACGCCUGCCAAAUCUGCAGCUUCCCGGCCCCCAACGAGAGCAUCCUGAGAGAGCACAUGAAGUACACCCACUCCCAUCGGCUCCCCUGGGGAAUGGACCAGCCGGACGAGAGUGAGGAGAGUCUGCCGGGGACCAGCAAGGACUCCUACAGCUUGGCCAAACCUUACCCCUCACCCACCAAGACCCCUUCCAUCCCUUCGUUCGAUGGUGUCCGAUUCGGGCCGUCCUCGGGACUGAAAACCAGGGCAGUAGUUGUGCGAGAUUCCCCCUUCCGUACCCAGACUCCGAUCCUUGGUGGCCCAUUUGGCCAGAGGAGUUUGGGGGUCCCCACAGCUCUCAAAGGUGGCCCGUACCGCCCCAGUGUCCAGCAAGGCCCAGAUUCCCACCAGCCUCUACCCAAGAGGAAAGAGGUUGCCUUCAAAAGCAUCGGGAACCGCAGGAGCCAUGCCAUGCCGGCCCACCCAGGGAUGGGAAGCCCAAGCGGCCUCAGCUGGCCUGACAGUGGCCUGGAGAACCGGGAGACCCAGGAGAUGGGGGGUGACGAGGCCUCCUCCGGCUCCGAGUUUGAGGACCAUGUGGAUAUCUGGUUCCCAGAGCAGCUGGAGGUGCCUCAGAGAGCUCUGGAGCUCAAGUGGGAGUUCAGGGAGGAGCUGCGAAGCGCCGGGGAGAGCCUGGGCCAGCAGGACCAGCUGAGGAGGAUGGUACCCAUGGUCGUACUGGAAACUCUCAACCUCUUGCCCAGGAUCCCCCAGCCGUUCCCCCUCCGCAAGCCUGGGCCAAAGAGUGUGAUGGAGGCCCGGCGGCUAGAGUGGGAGAGAGCGGUGAGGAGUAGGAUGCACUCCUCCUCCUCCUCCCCCCCGCUCCUGGAGCACCUCCUCUCCUGCCAUCCCGGUGACGACUGCUUCCUGGAUGAUUUCCAGGAGGAGGGAGCUGGCUCGGAGCCGGGGGCGCUGAGGAGCGUGGAGAGGAAGUGCCCCUACUGCCCUGACCGCUUCCACAACGGCAUCGGGCUGGCGAACCACGUCAGGGGCCACCUCAACAGGGUGGGGGUCAGCUACAACGUGCGCCACUUCAUCUCCCCCGAGGAGGUCAACGCCAUCGAGCAGAAGUUCUCCUACCAGAAGAAGAAGAAAAAAGUUGCGAACUUUGACCCGGACACGUUCAGCCUGAUGCGCUGUGAGUUCUGCAGCGCUGGCUUUGACACGCGGGCCGGCCUCUCCAGCCACGCACGGGCGCACCUGCGAGACUUCGGGAUCACCAACUGGGAGUUGACGGUGUCUCCCAUCAACAUCCUGCGUAACCUGUUCUCCAGCCGCCCCGACCUGGCCUUCCCACGGGACGCAGCCCCUCCCCAUUCUCCCCAAGAGCAGGAGCCAGCAGAGGAGGGGCCGGGGUCGGGGGGCAGCCCCCCUCGCUCCCCCUUCACCUCCCCGUGGAGAGAGGAGCCUGGAUCACUCUUCAGUGAGGGUGGGGAGGAAGACGACAUGUCUGCUGUGGAGGUUCCAUCCCCGGAGACAGGUGUGCGCAGCGAGACCGUCUCCCAGGGGGAACCCAGCGGCAGUGCAGCCAGAGUGGGCCCCAAGCCCCCCGCAGAGGCCCCGGGGGGCCGAGAAGAUCCACAGGAUAUCAAACCCUCCAACCUCCUGACCUGUGCGGUGUGCAGCGUCCCCUUCGAGACCCGCAAGGGGCUGUCGAGCCACGCCCGCUCACACCUGCGCCACCUGGGUGUGGCUGAAUCCGAGAGCAGCGGGGCUCCCAUAGACCUGCUCUACGAGCUCAUGAAGCAGAGAGGCAAGCUGGAGCCCCUGCCACCCCCACAGAGCAGCGCAGCCAAGAAACAAGCAACCUCAGCAGGGGCCACGGGGGCCACAGCGACCAAGGGUGCGCAGGAGCCCAAGCUAGCCAAAUUGGGAUCCCCAGCAGCCUUCUCUCCCAAGGCGAUGGCCCCCUCGCCCUCCCCUGUGCUGAAGAAGGCUCCCGUGUCGUCCCUCCUGCCCAGCGCCUCGCCUCUCGGGGGCGGGGAGCAGGAGAAGGGGGUCAAACCGGCAGCAGCAGGGACCCCCGGAGCCACGACACCCAAACCGUUCUGGGCACCCCAGGAGGACGACGCCCCUCUCAACCUCACUGUGGAUUUGGAUGCAAACAAAGACAUCGUGUGCCAGCUGUGCGGCGCCUGGUUCGAGACCCGCAAGGGGCUGUCCAGCCACGCCCGCGCACACCUGCGGCACUUCGGAGUGGUGGACGCCGAGACCAAAGGCUCCCCCAUCGACUACCUGCACGAGCUCAUCAAGAGGGACGACUUCAAGAAGCGCCUGUCCUCCCUGCAGCCCCUCGACGCCUCCCCCCCGCCGCCCCUCAAGCGCCCCGGCCCCCCCCGGGGCUCCACCCUGCCUCCCCCGGCCAAGAAGCCAAAGAGGGCCCUGCAGAUGUUCCGGCUGCCGUCUGGACAGCUGAGCCCCAUUACACACAACACUCUGAAGGAGAUCGGCUGUGAGUUCUGUGGCGAGUACUUUGAGAACCGCAAGGGCCUGUCCAGCCACGCCCGCUCCCACCUGCGACAGCUGGGCAUCACGGAGUGGACUGUGAACGGUUCCCCCAUCGACACCCUCCGCGAGCUCAUCAAACGCAAGGGGCUGCCCUCUGCCCUGCCCUCCCCCCAGCCCCCUACCCCUCCGGCCGCGGGGCACAAGCUGCUCCCCAAGCCCCAGCGCCACCUCUCCCACCCUCCCCGGCCUCGCCUGCCCCCACCUCCCAGCACCCCUGCACCCGGCUCUCCUUCCCCUUCACCCAGGUCCCCCACUCACUCCACCCCUCCCUCUUCCUCCCCCUCGCACUCCCCCUCACCCAGCCUGCUCAGGAAGCUUCCCUUCGGUCUGGGUCAAGCCAGGAAAAUGCUGACCAGUCUGAAGCCAGAGCCGGUGUGCCUGGAGCUGGGCAGAGAGCGGGGAGUGGGAGGGUUCCACAAUGAUUCCCUGCAGGGGCACCGUGGCUGGGCUGGCCCGGACAGCAUCCUGCCUCUCAACCUGGUGGCAGACAGGGAGCCGGUGCGCGACAUCCGCUGUGAAUUUUGCGGCGAAUACUUUGAGAACCGCAAGGGUCUCUCCAGCCACUCCCGCUCCCACCUGCGUCAGAUGGGCAUCACGGAGUGGACUGUGAACGGCUCCCCCAUCGACACGCUCCGGGAGAUCAUGCACAAGAAAGGGAAGCCCCUCAUCAUCAAGAAGGAGCCCGGGACCGGGGCGGGCUACAGGGGACCUCCCUGGGAAGAGCGAGGGGGGUACCACCAGCAGCACAAACCCUACGGCUCGCCCAGCCCCUCCUCCUCCUCCUCCUCCUCCAACAAGCCCCAGCUCCAGUCCAGCCCUCCCCGGUUGAUGAAGCCCGGCCUGGGGAGCACACUGGCGAGCAGGGAGGUGUCCCUCUCCCCCAUCAACGGCAGGGCCCAGGGCGGCUUCCUGUCUCCCCUCGCAAAGAGGCCCCUGCAGGACGGCAGGAGCCCCCCGGGGGCCAGUGGGGAGCCCCUGCGCCAGCAGGGAGGAGGCAGCAGCAGCAGUAAGAGCUACGUUCAGACAGAGCUGUCCUUCAAACCCAAAGCCCUGUCCUCUCCAGAGAAGCCAGCCGCGGCACACAUGCUGCCAGAUGCGAGCUGCGAGCUGUGUGGAUUCUACUUUGAGAACCGCAAGGCUCUGGCCAGCCACGCCCGCGCGCACCUGCGUCAGUUCGGCGUGACGGAGUGGUGCGUCAACGGCUCCCCCAUCGAGACCCUGAGCGCCUGGAUGCGCAGCAAACCCCACAAGGUGGCUGAGGUGCACCGGACCUACAUGCAGGGGGGCGGGCCCUACCCCAAGAAGAUGCGGGCAGCCUCUCUCCCCUCGGCAGAGCUGGAUUCCUCCCCGUCUGCAGUUCAGCGCUCCCCAGUGGGCAGGCAGACCCCUGGCACCCCCCUGGGGAAGCGAGUGAGCAGAGAGCUGGGGCGAGGGCACUGGGAGAUGGGGAGGGGGCCUGAGUGUGGUGGAGUGGGGGUCCCGGGCUCCCCAACAUCACCAGUGUUGCACGACCUGACAACCCAACAUCAGCUUCUUCAUCAGCAACAGCAGGGAGCUCGGAGCGAACUCAACAUCCGCUCACCCAGAGGGUUCGAGAGGAGACCCCUCAAGCACCCGGCCCACCUGGAGGGGGACGAAGCCCUGGAGAGGUGCCCCACGGCCCCCCGAGUCCGCACCAUCCCCUCCCUCGUGCCAAAGCCCCCCGCCACUCCCCUCGUCAAGAUCUUGGGCAAUACAUACUGCCUGAAGUGCCGGUUCUGUGACGUGCAGUUUGUCGGUCCGCUCUCCAUGCAGGAGGAUUGGAUCAGGCACUUGCAGCAGCACAUCUUGGAAAUGAACUUCCCCAAAUCCGUCCCCCCUCUGGAGGAGAGCAGCCCCCCCGCGGAGUCCACGGACACCGCCGCACAGGUCCUGUAGGGGGUGCCACCAGCCAACCAUAGUCAUUUUAUACUUUUAAAAAAAAACUUUAUGAACUCCAAAGAACAGGUCUGACUGGUGCCAUUGUUUUUGGUUGGAAGUGCCCUGUCUCCCUGCCUUGGGGGGUGGGGGAGGAGGAGAGGGGGGGCUUACUUGUUUUAACUGGGAGCUCUUCUUUUGUCAUCGAGGGUCUGACCGUAGAAGAACACACAAUAGUGAAUACAUGUCACUUCACCCUUGAGGAAUUGAUUCUAUUAUAUAACCGCGACACAUACUUUAUUAAGUGGCUUAGACUCUUAACUAGUAUUACUGCUUCUACUGCUGCGUCAAAAUGUCUUACAUUUCUGUAUGUUUCUUUCUGUUUUUGUUUUAAGAGAAACGUCCUGAGAAGGUUUGAGGGGAAAGGAUUAUUAUUAUUAUUAUUAUUAUUAUUAUUAUUAUUAUUAUUAUUAUUAUUAUUAUUAUUUUUUAUUUUAUUUUGCACAAUGUUUUAAUAAAAUAACUUCUUUAAAGAAAUGCAAAUCUAAGGCAGGGAUACAGGGAAUGGAUUGUGUCAACUCCCAGUAGACCUGCUUUUUUGAGAAGUCUAAUCCAGCCUGCAGUGAAUCUCGCCAUUGAUUGUAGAUCUUGUAGGAAAAUAAUUAGGAGGUAACUAAUUCCACGUUGCCAUCUGCAUCAUUAAACCAGUGUGUUAAACAUCUCGUUUGCAGUAUCAAACUGGGGCUGCAGCCACUUCCAUCUGCAGUCUACAAUCCAAUCUGCAUCCGGACAUUACACUGAAAUCAAAGACUGCUCAUGCAUCAUGUGUUUUACUCUUUCUAAAUGAAGUUCCCCCCCGACCAGUAUAACACAUCGAUUUAACUUCUGACGAUUUUCUGAAAUGUGAAAGCACGGUGCAUUGUGGGAUAUCAAGACCUUCCAGGACAAUCCCUCACAUGAAAACGGGAGUGAAGUACGACUCGAAAGUUCCUCGGUGUGGUAAAUCCUGGAGAUUAUCUGCGGACCCAGUGUUAUAAAAUGUUCGUAUUCCAAGGACCCCUGAGGCUCUGGUGCUAUAGAUGAAUUCUGUAUUAAUCCCACAGACCUUGUUAAAGACCUCUUCCCAGGCAGUUCCCUCGCAGGUGUGUAGCGCGUCCUUCUUACAGACUUGUGAUUGUGAAGUAAAGGGCUUGGGUCUCUCUAGAGGUCCAGAUGCUAACAUAAUAAAACACACUGUUGUUGUUUUUAUAUUUUUAAAAGUCCAGGUCAAAUGGGACUCUAAAAAUACAAUUUAAUUAGAAAUAUAUAUAGACACACAUACGUUUUAUAUAUCUAUAUAUAAUGUAUGUACCUCUUCUCUUGGUUUCUGUUGGCAAAUGAAUGGUAUUGCGGAAGCUUAUUCCAUUUAUACAGUAGCAUUUCUGUCUCCUGUCUUUUGAAGCACUUUUGAUCUGCCAGUUUGGGACAUGGCACAGAAAAUAUACCUUGUGUUCCUCUUAAAACCUGUUCACUCUGUUCGUUUUUGUCUCUGGUGCUGGUAACACAAACUGAAAAGUAUUUGUCUUGAUUUUAAGUAUUUUUCUUUUUAAAUGGUCUUCCUUUUUCCUUCCCUAACAAAAUAUUUCCGCUGUAAAACAUUAAAGGUAAAACAACUCUAAGAAGCAGACAAACGUUUUGGUGACACUGAACAAGGCACUACCCGACACGUUUGUCCACAGCGCUUGCUUUCUUACAGUUUAAGUGUGAUUGGGCGUUUUUGAAGUGGUGGAAGCUGUAAACCAAUUAAUGGUGGGCUCCUAUCGUCUACCUGUGCUAGUACAGCACAGUCCUGUGCUUCAGUACUAACUUAGGGACCAAAUGCCCCAACUCUCCUUUCCUUGCUUCUGAAUGAUAGAGUAUGCCCUGAUCGAGGGGGCUCCAUUCACACUCGCAGGUGUGCUCUCUGCAAUAUUGAUGUCUCAGGAGGCAAUAAAGACAUUCAGUCUGGAAGCCAUUGUUUCCUGGGUUCAGGCAGGGCUGGAAAUAAGACUCCCAUUGCAUUGCAGUCUGAUCCAUUCUUGGUUUUACUACAGACCCAAGUUUGUUGCCUAUACACUGGUUAAUCAAGCUCAUAGUGAAUCCUGGAAUGGGUGAAACAGCUAUGCAAUAGGAGCUAUAGGGAUGUAAGGCAAUAUGUCCAGUUGACCCUGUCUCUUAUUGUAUAGAAGUGUCCUCUGAUGAGUACUGCUUUGGUUUUGGCCCCUUAAAGUGAGAAAUGAGAAGACACUGCUGCAGCAUAAGAGACAGGGUCAAAGCACGGUUUAUUAAAACAAUAAAGCACACAGUUAGUGCCGUUAUCUGUAUUUGCUGGAUUUCUGGCAGUAUCUGAUUGGAAGCAGGAGUCAGUUACCUUUUUUCAGUUUCAAUUUCCUUUUCCCUUUGAGUAAAUUCCAAUUCCUUCAAAGGAUGGAGCGGUACUCGAUUGUAAAAGUGAUGGAAGGACAGCUUUUCUUGUUUUGAAAUGUUCAGAUUGGAUGUAUGUACUACCUGAUCAAUAAACGGUAACUACUUCUUAAAGGUAGUUACAAACAGAAGUAUCGGCACACCCCACCAACAUCCGAAAUAAAUCACACUUGUUUUACCACAACAGAAUGGUUUCCAUCACUUUGUCUAGACGAGAAUUCAAAGGUGUACCAGCUUUAUAUUCAUCCUUUCUUUACUGUAAUAUGAUGCAGCAAUUUCAAAAUGAAAGGAAAUGCUGUAUUAAAAAGCAUAGUCAAGACUGAUUAUUAAAUGUUUGUUUCAGCACUGUUUGUCAUUCAAGUUUUCAUUAAUCUUCCAGUCAUGGAUGUAUUAUUAUUAUUAUUAUUAUUAUUAUUAUUAUUUUGAAUCACCUGAGAAAUCACAUUGAAUUAAUAAAUGAAUUUAAAUAACGAUUCCAUAACAUGAAA